UUACACACGGGUUAAACAAUGGCUGAACACCUGCCUCCUCGAUGCAGGUAAAGUUAGUCGGCCCCCUCUUCCUGUUUGUUUGACGUGAAGCUGAAACAUAAAUCUUCAGGGAGUGGAAAAUGAAUGGAGCUCGCAGCAGGUGGGGGAGUUUAAUAACUGCUGCGAGCCACUUCCUGCUUUCACUACUAACGUUUGUUUCAGCUUACAGGUAGGUUCUGCUCUUGUUGUUCUAAAUUAAUACUGUUUUAUACACUACAACAAUUACAAAAACAAGAGGAUGUAAUAGGAGAAUGAAAGCGAGAUGAGAGAAAGAGACAGGAACCAAAUUGGUUUCUUUUAAAAAAGGUCCAUAAUGUAGCUUUCUAACAAUUUUGUAUAUUGGAUGCAAAUUACAUGAUAUUGUCUGUGAAAACAUUUCAAUAAUGGGAGGCUACUUUAAUUAGGGAAAAUCUGUGAUGGGUGACAUUUAUAAAAUGGGUUGUUGUUUGUUUAGCCUAUGCAAAACCAUGUGGCUCUUUGUUGUCUUUAGUUUCAUCUCAGCGCCAUUUUAGACAUAAUGCCUCAUGUUCUUCUAAACUUUUUGUAUGUGCUCUUUUAAACAAAGUAUGCAUUUCAUUUUUAAUCUACAUAAUAAUAAUUAAAAUAUCUAGUGCUAAAAAAUGUAUUUUGAGAAAGAAGAGAAAAAUAUUGUUUGAAUAAUAAAACACAAAGGAAGCCAUGAUGAUACCUUUGUACCAGAAAUAAAUUUACUUAGCAAAUAGAAACUUUGCAAGUGCCUAACAGGAAACCACAUGUCAGCACACCAUACAGGAAAAACACGCUGAAUUAGGCUAUGUGCUGUAUGAAAGCGUAUGUCGUAUCUCUCGACCCGGAGUGACAUGCUCUGUGUGUGUGUGUGUGUGUUUUUAAGGAGAAGGCAGUUGCCCCAGUUAUGGGUGUGCUGACUCUUCAGCUUUUGGCAUGUGGCCAGCUAAUAUUGUAUUCGCUGGUCUUUAAUAAUAUGAUCGAUGCACAACAUACUGGUGAGUCAUCCUCAAGCCUGAGUGCUACAAAAGCUCCACCUCUGAAUGCAGCAGGAAACCACACAGAAAAUGUCUCAAAUUCAUCAAGCUAUUUAGCACAGCGUAAUAGUACAGCAACUCAAAACAACAUUACAACCCAAACAACCACUAUUGUCUCCAAUACUACUUUGGGACCCAACCAAAGCAAUGUAACAGGAUUAACAGGGCAGCCAAACACAACAGAAAAUGCUCAGACAACCCAAUCAGCCACAUCCUCAGCGUUCAACAUCAGUUCAACAGCUGUCACUUCUACAGACAACACUACAGUUGUGACCAAACCAACAGCAAUUACUUCUACCACUGUAACUCAAAACAGCUUCACUUCUUUGAAUAAAUCUCAAGGUGAUGGCCUGAAUCAUUCAGAGAAAUCUCUGACCAUUUUAUUCAGUAUUUUGCUUGGUGUAAUAGUUCUGGUAGUUCUGGGGCACUUUGUGUACAAGUUCAUCAGGAGCAAAGAGAGUAGUAUCCAAUAUACUCACCGCCGUCUCCACAAUGAAGAUGCAGGGGAGCCAUUUGCAGUGCCAGAUGACACGCUGGUCAUUUCAGGAGGACUCUAUGACGGCCCUCAGAUUUAUAACCCCACCAUGACAGUGCAGAACGAAGAAUUCCAGAUAGGCACACCUGGAUUUUCUUCCAGACCCACUCAGUUCCGCUUGGAGUUUCUGAGAGAGGAUCAAGACAGAGCAGACCCUGAUACUUCCAGCUUUCAGACAUUCCAUGCACAUGACCAAGAGUCUUAGGAUCUCAGCAACAAACCUCUUUUUAUUAGUAUGUGUAUAUAUAUAUAACUUUUUGAGCUGAAAAUGUUAUUUUUACUUGAGGUUUCUAUGGAAAAAGUUUUAAAAUAGUUACAUCUUUUGAACUUUGUAAUUGAACUUUUGAACUAAUGAAAUUUGUGAAGAUAACAGAAAAACACAAACAUAAAUACAAAUAUUUGUUAAAAACAGAACUGAAAACAAAAAUAACUGUACCAGGAAACUGUGUAAUAAUAUAUUCGUAAGCAAUCAGAAGCUAUUGUAUUAAGAGUAUAUGUAAGGUUUCUAAAAGGAUAAUCACACAUCUUUGAUGCAAACACUUUUAAGCAAAGAUUUUGUCAGUUUCUUUUUUUUUCUUCUUAUCUGAAUUGCUAACAGUGGUCCAUCCAGCAUCUCGCAUUCUCUUGAUUGCAGCCAAUUUCAACACUGUUCCUGGAGACUUACAUGGAAAAGAACUCUGUACCUGUACAUAAUUUGCACAUGAUGACUGUCAAAACAAGAACAUUAAGGAAUCAUUUUGGUCAAAACUAGUCAUAUGUGAUUUUUGUUUACCUUCUUGAACAUGUCCAGACUCUCUGUGUCUAGGUCUUUCGGUUGCAUAGGUUUCUUUGAUUUAAUAGGUUUUGGAGAGAAACUCUGCACAACAGAUACAGGGGAUUAAGAAAGAGUAGCACAAACCACAAUUGUAAGAAAUUAAUUGUUGAUUGCAAAUAAAAAUGCAGAUCACUGUAAACUGUUUGUAUAUAGCACAAUACCAAUGGUAUGUGAAUAGUGUGAAUAGAUACAAUUUACCAGUA